AUGCUAUUAAAAUGUACUGCAGACGGGAGACGUAUCAAAGUGAACGGAGCUCCGGUCAAUCCAGGGAAUGUGGCGAGAGGCAUGAAAAUGACCAUGUCCACGACCGCGACAAUGAGCGCCCGCGUCCACAGGAAGGUAAUACGGGCGCCCCAUAAGCGCCCGCACACGGGCAAGUACCUGCACGCGGGCAAGAUGGCGCACCCGGGCAAGGGACACCUUUCGGGCAAGUUCGCGCAGCAUUCGGGAAAAUUUGCGCACUUGGGCAAAUUCGGUAAACUCGCCCACUACGCGCACACACACUUGCUCAGGCCGCCGGAGCCCUGCGAGAAUAGCAACGACAGCGGCCUCGGCCCAGACCCGGUUCACAGACUAUCUGACGCGCCCGAGGACUGGGAACAGCCUGAUGCGAAGCGCCGACGGGAUAACGACGCCGAUGUUAAAAUUGAAUGUGACGACGCGAAUGACGCGUACGCUUUCGCACCGCCGGCGGGGCCCGCUAGCGCGCCCGCUCCGCUCGACGCUGCGUCCGCCGCUCUGCCCCUGCCCGCAAUACGAGCAGGGUGCAGCAUAUCUAGUCCAACCAUAUCAGAUUCACCGAGCAGGUUUCAAGAGCCGUCCUACAGAUCUUGCGGUAAACUGGGCACGACCGGCAAGUUAGCCAGCAAGUACGCAACGGGGGGCAAAUUGUCGGGGAAGUUAGGGGGUAAAUACGGGGGCAAAUUGGCGCAAGCCCUGGCGAGGAGAAGAGCGCUAGCCUCGAUGACGCACACCGGGCCCCCUGGUUUAGCGGCGCCGUUGACCAGCAAAUCCAAAGAUGGCACAGUGGAGCUACAGAUACUGUGCCAACCAGAGUCACAGCAUAGGGCGAGAUAUCAGACAGAGGGUAGUCGAGGAGCAGUGAAGGAUAAUUCGGGGAAUGGUUUUCCAAUAGUGAAACUAGUCGGUUAUGAUAAGCCAGCCGUUUUACAGGUAUUCAUUGGCACAGACACAGGUCGAGUGGCCCCGCACAUGUUCUACCAGGCGUGUAGAGUCUCCGGCAAGAAUUCCACGCCCUGCAAGGAGCGGAAGGAGGACGGGACCGUUGUCAUCGAAAUAGACCUGGAACCGGCGAAGAACUGGCAGGUCACCUGCGAUUGUGUCGGCAUUUUAAAGGAACGCAAUGUGGACGUGGAGCAUCGGUUCGGUGAAACGCUGGGGACGAGCGGUGCGGCCGGGGCGCACGCAGCCCGCGGCAAGAAGAAGUCUACGAGGUGUCGGAUGGUUUUCAGAACAGAGAUCGUAGACGCAGCAGGACGAACGGAAACCUUACAAGUCUGCUCCACUCAAAUUAUAUGCACACAACCGCCCGGUGUUCCAGAAGUAUGUCGAAAGUCACUCGUCUCAUGUCCGGCUACGGGCGGCUUAGAACUAUACCUCCUAGGCAAGAAUUUCCUUAAAGAGACCCGGGUGGUGUUCCGGGGUCACCACGAGGGAAGGACGUGGGAGGAAGAGGUUGUGCCAGACAAGGAGUUCUUGCAGCAAACGCACUUGGUGUGCUGCGUCCCCCCGUUCAUUCGGCCCGACAUAUCGGAGUCGGUGAACGUGCAAGUGUUCGUCCGAUCCGGAGGGAAGACGUCGGAGCCUCACACCUUCCUCUACACGCCACCUUCCCUCGAAACAGGGCCCGCGCACUGCACGAGGCAUCACGCCCAUGCGCACCAAACGGGUGAAGAGCGGGAAGCGAGGCCCGUGGCUUGGUGGGGCGGGGGCGCGGGAGCGGGGCUCGGGGGGCUAAUGCCGCCCCCCGCGGCCCCCACCCGUCGCGCCUCUCUUAUCGUACCCGAUCCCCAUUCGCCGCUAGGACUCAAAAGCGAGGUGGACGAGACCAGCCAGCAGUCGGAGGGCGACGAGCGCGAGGACCUGCCGUCGGACAGCCUGGCCGUCAUGGACCUCCGUCUCAAGUCCGAGAACCCCCCGCAGCAGCAGGUGGGCUUCGUCAGCGGCUUCGACUCCAUAAAACUGUCUCCCUCGACGAGCUCACAAAGCGAGCCCCAAUCUCCGAUCGCGUCUUUUUCCCAACAACUGGCGGCCAUUCAGAACCAAGUGCAGACAGACAAGAUGGUGGAGUCUGUCACUGCGGCGAUAUUUAACUCGGACGGUGGUGGCCAGAUAUAUGUCGACCCUCCGAUCAUGCCUAUGAGCCAAAUGGAACAGAUGCAACAACUCUUGUCGAGCAAAACGCAGAUGGAUCCCCUAGAGACGGACAUGAAGGUCCUCAAUUCAGAAAUGAUGAUGACCGAUACGACUAUGCAGACGACCGUCCUCCAGUCUACCACGGAGCAGAGACUCAUGGUCUACAACCAGGUUCAACAGAAUCGUGAGGAGGCUUACAACCCAUUCGGGGGCAUGACGAAGAUGGAGGCUUCCCAGAUCGAGCAGAGACUGGCGCAACAGAGUGCUCAGAUGGAGGCGCUGGUCGAGGACGCCAUGAAGGCUACCGCCGCCAUUCUGCCCUCUGAUGCGGCUAAGCUCGACGAGUUUGUCAACUCUCGCGUCGACGACCAUCUCUCCGGCUCGGCCACCUCCCCCUCCACCGCGUCCCACGCCUCGGACAUCCUGCUGAGUCCGAACGCCGCCGUCGUACAAAGGACCGGCGAACUCCUUCCGAUGCCGCCCUCUACUAUCCCCGCAGACGUAAUUCUUAACCCCCAAGUGACCCCCGGCCUCCUGUGCGAAAGCAACCAAAGAAUAGUGAUGCCCCCGGGCCCGACGCAGGAGGACCUGAUGAUGAUACCCGACAUUCCGACCUCCGUCAAGACGCCUCCGGCGGCGGUUAAGUCGAUGAUCUUGAACGCGGCGGCGGAGAUCCUGACGUCGGACUCGGCGAUGAACGCGCUAGUUAAGUCCGCCAUCAGCACGGCCAACAUCUUCAGCAACGAGAACGCGGGCGCGAGCGCAGUGAUGCAAGCGAGCGAUGCGCAGCCCUCGGUCGAGCCCACGCAGGAGACCCCGCUGGACGCCAUGUCGCAGGCCGUCAGCCAAGCGGUCACUCAGGCGGUGAGCCAAGCCGUCAGCCACGCAGUGAGUCAAGCCGUCAGCCAAGAGAUGACCGCUCCCGUCCAGGGCUUGACGGAUAUGAGCGAUCAAGAUCUGCUUUCCUACAUUAACCCUUCCACUUUCGACCAGGUGUGA